ACGAUGAUUCAACGGCGCCGCCAGUGGUGCAAAUGAUUCCAACGAUGCCAACGCCAAACAUGCGGAACAGGCUACUCCGUCGAUCCAGCCUGCCUUAGCCUGCCUCGGGCUUUCGCCUUGCGAGGACUCGCGUCAUGCAGGAGCAGUUCGGAGCGUACGCAAAUCGCCUGGAGCCGUUCCAUUCGGCUGCUAGCUACAUGAGAUUAUAUGGCGGGAGUACCUGUUCCGGCACUGAAGCUGACUCUCGAUGCAAUGUAUCUCCGAAACCAAGGGGUGGUACCUGUACUCCUGGCGAUUCUCUAAUUCUUUUUUUUUUUUUUUUUUCGCAUUUCUUUUAUUUUGUUCAUUUUUCAUUUUUCAUUUAUUUUUUUUUUUUUUCUUUUCUUUUAAAAUUUGUCUCGUUUCUUAUUAACCCCGUCACCCCCCCACCGAAGCGGCCGCGAACUGGCUCCGUCAUAGACGCACGAAGGAACAGCACAAGAUAGCCUACAUUUAAUCAUACAACUACGUAGUAGUGACUUGGCAGA